CAAGCAACUAUUCAGUUGCCAGGGGCAGUUAUGGUCGUUGGAGUGGCCACAGGGCCUGUUAUGGUGGUUUGAGCAGCCACAGGGCCUGUCUGCAGGGCUGGAGUAGCCACAGGGGUUGGAGUAGCCUCAGGGCCACAGGGCUGUAGAGGCCGCAGGUCACGGAAGGUCCCAGAAAAGCAGAGGGGCUCGUCCCGUGCCUGGUGCUUCUCACGCUCCUCUGGGCCCUCAGGCUUGCAGGGCAGCUCCUGGGCUGACCUGGGAGAGGGGCACUGCCAGCAGGCUCUCUCUGUCCUGCUGGUGGCUGCAAUCAUGGAUACCUGGAGCAAUGGGAAGAUGGCAGCCCGUUUCCUCACCCUGUACAAGGUGGAAAUCCCACACUUGCUCAGGGAACUCAAAGUGAAAGAGGAGGAAUCCCGAUGUCCACUUACGCAGCUUCUGAAGACUAAGAGGGAAGCUCGACUGAUGGAAAAGGCUCUGGCAGAGAAAGAUGAGACCUUCAGGGAGAAGAUGAAAGUCAUCACUGACCGAUGGAGGGCCCUGCAUGCCAAGAGGGUUCAGCUGAAAGACCACGUGGAGAAGUCUGGGAGAAUUAUACAGGAAAAUGAAGAGGCACGAAUCCUAGCUCUGAAGAUAGACAGCAAAGAGAGAGAGGAGAAUAUGCAAAAGGACAGUGAGCUUUUGAGAGCUAAGACGAAAUUGGAAGCCCUCAGAAAAGAGCACUGGAAACUCUGCAAAAAAGUACAGAAGUACUCUGUCUUCAAGAAAUACCUGGAGGACGUGGUGAAAGUCUCACAGUUUGAGGACAUCCCAGAAGUCGCUUCACGGUACAGGUUGCUGGUGAGGACACACAAGGACCUUCUGCAGUCACAACAGGGGCACAAGGAACUGACUGAGCAAGACAAGCUGCUCCUGGAACAGUACAGGGCAGAGAAAGAAGCUGAGAUGCUUCAGUACAAAAGGGAGCUGGUGCAGCUCAAACUACGUUUUGAUCAGGCUCAGAGAGACAUCCUCCUCUGGGAGGCUCGCUGGGCUGACAUCCAGAACAGGACUUCCAGGAAAACCAGGAAGUUUUGGACCAUCAAGCUGGCCAUCCACGACCUUUUCCAGUCCACCAACAUGCGGCUGAAUGCGGAGUGUAAUGUGUCAGCAGAUGACAGCCUCAAACAGCUCGACAUGAUAAAGCAGUUUAUCCAGCACCUCGAAGACAUCCAUCUCUUUGGGGGACAAGAAGAAGCACCAGUGAGCAGCUACACUGAUGAAGCCAAAGGAAACCUGACUUGCCCUGACAACAAAGGUUCAGUAGGUUGGGAAGGGAAAGAGGAGAACCCUAGAGAUACUGUAGACUAAAGAAAAAAACAAAG